AUGGGCCGCGAGUCCAGGCAUUAUCGGAAGCGCUCUGCAUCCCGGGGCCGCUCCGGGAGCCGUUCCAGGAGUCGUUCCCCAUCAGACAAGAGGAAACGUGAGGACAGGCGCUCCAGGAGCCGGGAUCGGGACCGCAGACGGGAGAGGUCACGCAGCAGGGACAAGAGAAGGUCUCGCUCACGGGACAGAAAGCGUCAAAGACGUUCAAGGAGUAGAGAAAGGGAACGGAGCCGAGAGAGAAGACGAUCCCGGAGCCGAGAGAGGCGGCGUUCCAGGAGCAGGAGUAGAGGGAGACGGUCUCGAUCCUCCAGUCCAAGCAAGAACAGGAAAACAGAAAACAGAUCAAGAUCUAAAGAAAAGACAGAAGGUGUGGAGGUUUCCAAAGAAAAGAAAAAAGACAAAGAUGACAAAGAGGAAGAGAAGGAUAAAGAUGCUACUACAAAUGCUGUGGCCACUGAGAAUUUUGAUCAAAACAAACUAGAAGAAGAAAUGAGAAAACGAAAAGAAAGAGUGGAGAAAUGGAGGGAAGAACAACGCAAGAAGGCAAUGGAAAACAUAGGAGAGCUAAAAAAAGAAAUUGAAGAGAUGAAACAGGGGAAAAAAUGGAGUUUAGAAGAUGAUGAUGAUGAUGAAGAAGAAACUGCAGAAGGAGAAAAAGAAGGCAAUGAGGUUGAAGAUGAGGAGUUAGAUCCUUUAGAUGCUUAUAUGGAAGAAGUAAAAGAAGAGGUCAAGAAGUUCAAUAUGAGAAGUGUGAAAGGUGGAGGUGGGAGUGAAAAGAAAACUGGACCAACUGUUACCAAGGUGGUAACUGUGGUGACAACCAAAAAGGCAGCUGCUGAGUCAGAAAAGAAGAAAGGGGAACUCAUGGAGAAUGACCAAGAUGCAAUGGAGUAUUCCUCAGAAGAGGAGGAAGUUGAUCUUCAGACUGCCCUGACUGGCUAUCAGACCAAGCAGAGAAAGCUGCUAGAACCAGUGGAUCAUGGAAAGAUAGAAUAUGAACCUUUCAGGAAAAACUUCUAUGUUGAAGUACCAGAACUAGCUAAAAUGACUCAAGAAGAGGUAAAUGUGUACAGGCUGGAGCUGGAGGGAAUUACAGUCAAGGGAAAAGGCUGCCCCAAACCAAUAAAAACCUGGGUACAAUGUGGUAUUUCCAUGAAGAUUCUCACUGCCCUCAAAAAACAUGGUUAUGAAAAGCCCACCCCGAUUCAAACCCAGGCUAUCCCAGCAAUUAUGAAUGGACGGGAUUUGAUUGGCAUUGCCAAAACAGGAAGUGGCAAAACUAUUGCAUUUCUAUUGCCAAUGUUCAGACACAUUAUGGAUCAGAGAGCAUUAGAAGAAGGAGAAGGUCCCAUAGCUGUCAUUAUGACACCUACGCGUGAGUUGGCUUUGCAGAUUACCAAGGAGUGCAAGAAAUUCUCAAAGACACUUGGGCUUCGAGUUGUCUGUGUUUAUGGAGGAACAGGAAUCAGUGAACAGAUAGCUGAACUCAAAAGAGGUGCUGAAAUUAUUGUUUGCACACCUGGACGUAUGAUUGACAUGUUAGCAGCUAACAAUGGUCGGGUGACAAACCUCCGUCGAGUCACUUACGUUGUACUUGAUGAAGCUGACAGGAUGUUUGACAUGGGGUUUGAGCCUCAGGUUAUGCGCAUUGUAGACAACGUCAGGCCUGACCGUCAGACUGUCAUGUUCUCUGCUACUUUUCCCAGAGCUAUGGAGGCCCUGGCUCGCAGGAUCCUCAGUAAACCUAUAGAGGUGCAGGUUGGAGGCAGAAGCGUUGUCUGUUCUGAUGUGGAGCAACACGUGAUUGUCAUAGAAGAGGAAAACAAGUUUCUGAAGUUACUGGAGCUACUGGGACAUUAUCAGGAGAAAGGAUCCGUUAUCAUAUUUGUAGAUAAGCAAGAACACGCUGAUGGGCUAUUGAAAGAUUUAAUGAGGGCCUCUUAUCCUUGCUUGUCUCUUCAUGGAGGUAUUGAUCAGUAUGACAGGGACAGCAUCAUUAAUGACUUCAAGAAUGGAACCUGCAAACUUCUGGUGGCCACGUCUGUAGCAGCGAGGGGCUUGGAUGUGAAGCAGCUGAUGCUGGUGGUCAAUUACAGCUGUCCCAACCAUUAUGAGGACUAUGUGCACCGAGCAGGCCGCACUGGGCGAGCUGGCAAUAAAGGAUAUGCAUAUACAUUCAUUACUGAGGAUCAGGCACGUUAUGCUGGUGAUAUCAUUAAGGCUUUGGAAUUGUCUGGGAAUCCAAUUCCUACUGAUUUGGAGAAGCUCUGGGCUGACUUCAAGGACCAACAGAAGGCUGAGGGAAAAUUGAUUAAAAAAAGCAGUGGAUUCUCCGGCAAAGGUUUUAAAUUUGAUGAAACAGAACAGGCUUUGGCUAAUGAAAGAAAGAAGCUACAAAAAGCAGCUCUUGGCUUGCAAGAUUCAGAUGAUGAAGAUACAGCUGUUGAUAUUGAUGAACAAAUUGAAAGCAUGUUCAAUUCAAAGAAAAGAGUAAAAGACAUGGCAGCGCCAGGAACAUCAAAUGCUCCUACACCAUCAGCUGGGAAUGCAGAAAAAUUGGAAAUUGCUAAAAGAUUGGCCUUGAGAAUCAAUGCUCAGAAGAAUCUUGGAGCAGAGGCACAAGUCAUGGUUCCCUUCCACUUUAAGGAUGUGAUGCAGCAGGCUACAAAUGCUAUCCUGAGAGGAGGCACAAUUCAAGCUCCUACCGUGUCUGCCAAGACCAUUGCAGAGCAACUGGCUGAAAAAAUCAAUGCCAAGCUCAAUUAUGUACCCAUAGAGAAGCAGGAGGAAGAGAAACAGGAUGGAGGACAGAAUGAAUCCUUCAAGAGAUAUGAAGAAGAGUUAGAGAUCAAUGACUUCCCACAGACUGCCAGAUGGAAAGUUACCUCCAAGGAAGCACUGCAGAGAAUCAGUGAAUAUUCUGAAGCUGCCAUUACAAUCAGGGGAACUUACUUCCCUCCAGGCAAAGAACCCAAGGAAGGAGAACGAAAGAUUUAUUUGGCUAUAGAAAGUGCCAAUGAACUGGCUGUACAGAAAGCAAAGGCAGAAAUCACACGACUUAUAAAAGAGGAGCUCAUCAGAUUGCAAAAUUCUUACCAACCUACCAACAAAGGAAGAUACAAAGUUCUAUGAGCAUUUGGAGUUAUCUGUCUGCUAGCAGCUGGAUCGUCAUCUUUAUUACUGUUAGGACAUGGCUUUAAGUAAAAAUGUAUAGUGGUAUUUAUGAAUGAAUUCCACAAAUACUAUCAUUGCAGUCAAUAAGCUACUGGGACAGGCAAGACUGAUGUUUUUGAGGUCUCAUCCCCAUAACCAGUAGGAUUCAUGGACUCUACUCCUAAACAUUUAACUCGUCUGCUCGUCUGGAGCUGAAGCAGUAGCAAUUUGAAUUGUCUCGUUCUAUCAGCUGCAAGACUUUCAAGAUGAUGACUUUGAAAAGGACUUUCUUAGAAAGCUUUUCUUACCUGACACAUUGAGAAGAAAUGUGUCAUUUUAAACCAGCUCUGCAACCAGCUUUAACCCUGGUGAAGACAAAUCAUACAAUCAGCAUCAUGGCUGUAUAAAUUCGCAACUUUUAUUUCCAAACUUCAGGUAAUUUAAGUGACUCUUUGUGUUUGCAUUACCACUGUCUGUUACCGUGUCACUGUACCUUAUUUGCAGUACAGGGAAGAAGGAAAGGAAUGACUAUACCAGCUUAACAGUCUACUUUUAGGAUAAGAGCACUCCUAAUGUAGUACUUGCCAGUAUUAGUACAUAAGAGUAGAGCAGGGAGAAGCAGCACACAAAGUAACACUUCUCAAAACUUAAAACAGAAAUCCCGAACUAAAGCUCUGUGAUUACAUUUAAAUACAUCAGUUUUCAUUCCCUUAAGAACUGGGGUUUGAUGUCUUUCCUAAAAAUUCUUUGUUGAAUUGUCUAACUUUUGGACAGUGUCACUUCCCAGAAGAAUGACACAUUUUGUAUAUUUAAUGAAGAGCGCUGUGGAGUUUGGACAGCCUGACAAUUUCUUUAAAAAUCUUGGUUCAAAAUGUUCAUACAUUGGUAUCUCCUAUAAAACGCAUGAUGGAGACAUGUUUAUUGGAUUUCAGAGAUGCAAAAAUGUAUAAUCUUUAACUUCCUGGGGGUUUUAAAUGCAAUGUCAAUAUUCUUAUGUUUUUUUUAAUUCCAGCAAAAAUAAAAGCAAUUUCAAUGUAUGUUUUUCAGAAA